GUGAUUGAUAAAAUGAACAAUUCAGUGUCCAAGUUUUAUAUCUGUGUAAUGUGUGUAUCUACAUAUAUGUAGUUAGAUAUUGAUAUGGUGGCAUAUCGCGUGUGCAAGUGAGCAUAUGGUUAACUUAAAUUCAAAGUUCACUUGACAAUUAGCUCGAGAUACAUUUGUAUCUGCAAGAUACUUGUGCGUAUUACUCACAAAGUUUGCAACUGAAGCUUAGCAACCCGCUCUCAGUGUGAGUGUGUGUGAGUGCAAAGUGUUGCUCAAAAUAAAAAUAAUAAUAAAAAGCAAAUAAGAAGAGACAAACAAACUAUUAGUGAGCGAUAAAACUGUGAUAAGCAAACGAGCUGCUGAGGCCAACGCGUAGAGCACAGCAAUUAAGAGCAAGAUAAUAUACAAUUUUAAUAAAAGUAAAAUCCGCAGCAAAUUAAAAAGCAAGCGUCACCAAAUGCAGCAGCAACAGUUACCGCAGCCGCAGCAGCACUAAAAGUAAUUAGCAACAGCAAUAACAACAACCAAAGGGGAAACACAAAGAGAGAGAGAGAGAGCGUAAUAAUAAUAAAAGGGGAAAUAAAAUAAAUGAUGUUGCAAUCUUUGAAACUGCGCACGGAUAAACUAAGCGACAUUCCAGCAAUUGCUACUGAGGAAACUGACAACGUAGCAACAGGAGGAGCAGCGGCAGCAACAGCAACAGCAACACUAAUAGAUACAGCAACAACAGCAACAACAAUGCUAACAACAGCACCUGUUGCCCAUGUCGCUAAUGGAAUGGCCAAUGGCAGCAGCAGCAGCAGCAGUCUUUAUAACGGCAACGCCACCAGCAACACUAACAAUUUAAAUAACAAUAACAAUAACAACUUGCAAGAGCAGCAACAACAACAACAACAGCAACUACACCUGCAACAGCAGCAACAACCAGGAAAGUAUUUAGAAAAUCUAACGCCUGCAACGGGCGCCAUUGCAGCAACAACAACCUUUACAGGUGCUGCUAAAAGUUUUCAUCCCUACUUGCGGCCCAACAGCGGCAACAGCAACACCAACAGCAACAGCAGCAGCAACAUCAGCAGCAACAUAUCAGCAGCCGGAGCAACCGUAGUGACAGCACCAGCAACAACACCCGUUGCUGCUGCAAUGACCAAAACUGCUGGCGGCGUCGGCAUGUCGACAACAUUGUUUGAAACACUUUUGCAAAACCAAAUAAAUUCCAAUGCAACUACAGCUGCCGUCGCCGCCGUUGCCGCUGUCGCUGCCCCUGUUGUGCCCGUUGUUGCCGCCAUGCCAACAACAAUAGCAGCAACAACACCAGCCAUAGCAGCAGCAGCAGCAGAGCCAGCAACAACAACAGCAGCAGCAGCAGUAGCAACAACACCAACAACAAUUGCAACAGUGGCUGCAGCAACCACAGCAGUUGUUGCUGCGACGCCGACGCUGUUAAAUUCCAGCAUUAAUUCCAGAACUUCAUUAGCCGACCAAAGCGUUGCUGGCACCCCAAUUUGCGAUUCAAGUGCUGCUAACGAGCAACAACUGCUGGCCAUUAAAUGUGAAUCGAUGGAAUCAUCGACGGUGCCAAUGGAUACCACAGAAACGGAGACGGCCAAGGAUCAACCCGAUGCGGACAAUAUCAAAAUGUUUGUCGGCCAAAUACCCAAGACUUGGGAUGAGGCAAAGUUGCGACGGCUGUUCGAGCAGUUUGGUCGGGUGCAUACGUUGAAUGUGCUGCGCGAUAAGGUUACAUCGAUUAGUCGAGGGUGCUGUUUUGUCACCUACUAUACGCGCAAGGCGGCUCUGCGGGCCCAGGAUGCGCUGCACAACAUCAAGACCUUGGAUGGGAUGCAUCAUCCCAUUCAAAUGAAGCCUGCAGAUAGUGAGAACAGAAAUGAGCGUAAACUUUUCGUUGGCAUGUUGAAUAAAAAAUACACGGAGGCCGAUGUGAGGCAACUAUUCACGGGCCACGGCACCAUCGAGGAGUGCACCGUGCUGCGGGAUCAGGUUGGCCAAAGCAAGGGCUGUGCCUUCGUCACAUUCGCAACCAAACAGAAUGCCAUCGGGGCGAUCAAGGCCCUGCAUCAGAGCCAAACAAUGGAGGGCUGCUCGGCGCCCUUGGUCGUUAAAUUCGCGGAUACACAAAAGGAAAAGGAUCAGAAGAAGAUGCAACAGUUGCACGCCAUCUGUGGCAUCAAUGCACUGACACAGACACCCAGUGGCGCCGCGGCAGCUGCCACAACGCCCACAGCCAAUGCGGCAACGGCAUUAAUUGCCACAGCGCCAACAGCAACACGUCCCAAUCCCUCAAUGGCCGCCGCCUUGGCCGGAGUGCCCACAGUACAAAGCGCUGGCGGAGCGGGAGCUCAGACCGCGACUCUAGUCACGGUGCCCACAUCGGCGGCGCUAAGUGCAACAUUGGCGCCCACGCUCCUCGGCAGCAGUCCGCAUCAUGCACAGACGCCGGGCGCAGCAGCGGCCGCAGCUGCAGCUGCCUAUCUCAGCGCGGAUCCGACGGGCGGCUUGGGACCCGCGUCGGCGGCACAUUUGCAGUUGUAUCAGCAUAUGCAGGCCUAUGGAUUGCAUCCGGCUUACCAUCUGCAAGGACUAAAUUUCCACCCACCGGAUAACAGUGCCCACCACAGCCAACUCGGCUCAUCAUCCGGCGCUGCCGGCAGCACACCAGCAACUCUAUCGGCUGCCAACGCUGCAAGCGCCGCCGCAGCGGCAGCCGCAGCAGCAGCAGCAGCCGCUGUCACCGGGACAGCACCACCACCACCAUCUCUCCCACUUGGCGUCGUCGGUCCAUCAUCCGCAACCACAUCCGUCUACAGCGGCGGCGGCGGCAGCAGCGGCAGCGGCGGCCUCACUGCCGCCGGGCAUGCUGCUGUCCCUGGACUGCUCACCAAUGCAUCCAUGUCUAUGCAGAAUCUGGUAACACUGCUAAGCAACAACAACCCACACAACACAGCAAACAGCAACAACAGCAGCCUAAGUCACAGCCAACGUCAGCAACAUCAGCAGCAGCAGCAGCAACAACACCAUAGCAAUGGCAAUCCGCCGCUUCUCAGCAACAGCAACAUUACUAACAACAGCAGCAACCACAACAACCACAACACCAACAACAACAGCCAACAACGUCAGCUUCAAGCGAGCUAUGCGACAAACGCUGGACAAUUGGUCACGCAUGCGCAUCACACAUUGAAUUUGGCUCAGCUAAUGGGCGUGGCACCGCCACCGCCUCCAACAGCAGCAGCAGCAGCCACUCAACAGCUCGCACUGAGCGCACUUUGGCCCACCAAUGCCGCCGAUCCUUAUGGAGCAUCAGCACUGAGUGGCCUCACCAAUGGAGCAGCAGCAGCCGCUGCCGCAGCCGCUUAUGGAGCCGCACAACCGUUGAACGCCAGCGCCUUGCAGGCAGCAGCCGCCGGUGUGGCAGGCAAACAGAUUGAAGGUCCCGAUGGCAGCAAUCUGUUUAUCUAUCAUCUACCUCAGGAAUUCAUUGACACCGAUCUCGCAUCAACAUUUUUGCCCUUCGGCAAUGUGCUGUCGGCCAAGGUGUUUAUCGACAAGCAAACGAAUCUAUCGAAAUGCUUUGGCUUUGUCUCCUACGAUAAUCCGCAUUCGGCGAAUGCAGCCAUACAGGCGAUGCAUGGCUUUCAGAUAGGCACAAAACGCUUGAAGGUGCAAUUGAAACGUUCCAAGGAUGCGGCUAAGCCGUACUGAAAGCACACAAGGCAACCAUUUUGGGCGUGGCUCACACACAGACAGACAAACAGCAUAGAAAUACAUUAUAUACUAUAUUCUUAUAGUUACAACAUUGUGCCUUUUUAGCAAAAAGAAAGAGAAAGUUUUGAAACCAAAGGACCAAUUAAACAAAAAAAUAUACAACUAAUGUUAAGCACACACCAAAAAAAAAAAAACAAACAAAAUAUGCA